GCUUAAUUAAUUAUAAUAAAGUAAGGAACUUACUAUUUUUCUUUUUUAUACUUUAAAUUACAGAAAAAUAAACUCUAAUUAGGAUAUAAUUAAUUAAUUCAUAAAAAAAUAAAAAAUAACUCUACAACAAAAAAUCUAACAAAAACCUUAAAUAAAAUGUUCCUUUCUCAUAGAUAUAAUCCUUUCGAAGAAUUAGACAGAACUUUCAAUUCAUUUUGGGAUGAUGAUAGUGAUGAAUACACUGACUUCUUUUCAACAAUUAGAGUACCACGCACAAAAAGAAUCUCAAAAGAAGAAAAGCUGAAAAAAAAACUUAAUAAGCUUCAUAAUCAAGAAAAUGAAAUUAAUCAUUACAUUAAGUAAUAUGAAUCACAAAUUGAAUAACUGAAAAAAAAUAAAUAACAAGUUGAGAAAAAAAGAAGCGACAUUUCUAAUAAAAUUACCUAAAUUGCUGAAGAAAAGAAAAAAUAACUAGAAACAAAUCAAAAUCAAAAAUCUGGUAAUAAUGAUAAUUAAAAAUCAGAAAAUCGCAUAUUUAAGAAAGUUCACUAUAUUUCUGAUGGUAUGGAAAUAGAAGAGUAAUAUGAUAGUACAAAUCCUAAGAACUGCUAUAAGAUAAUUAGAAAAUAAGGCGAAACUCCAUAAAUAAUAAGUGGUGAAUAAUAGCAAGCUUAAAUUUAAUAAAAUAAAACUGAAGAGCAACAAUAACAAAAAAGAUAAAAGCUGGGAAAUGGUUUAGACGAAAAACUAGACUAAUUAUGCAAAAUGAGUGGAAAACCAGCUUCUGAACUAGAAAAUUUUGUUAUUGAAAAUAAAGAUUUAACAAUAGGAUAACUUUAUGAUAAAGCAAAUGAGCUAAAAUUAAUAUGA